CUUUUCGCCAUCGGUUGUAGUCUGCAAUUGUCUGUUUUAUUUCCUUUAAAUACGACGGCACUGUAAUCAGUGGUGGUUCGUAACUUUGGAUUUUAAAUCUACGAAUUUUGUACAGAAACUAGUGCAGAAAAGGUGGCGUGCAGCGUAAGUCAAUGUCUGUGAAGCUACUUUGGAUAAACAAAUGGAGGGCGGGAAAGUUUGUGGUCGACACUGGCGGCAGUAAGGAAAUAAUACAAUCGAGUGUGUUUAGUUCAGCUUCCUAUAAACUCUAAGGAAUAUUAUUGGGAAACAAGUGUUGAACGUUUCAACGAAUCACUGAUGUCAAGCACCUUACUGUCACACACACAGAGGAAAUAUACCUGCAGUCAUCUUCGUUUUUUUCCUUCUGAGCACCCCCUAGGCUAUUCAACGAUUGAUAACAGAAGAAGACGAGUCAUUGAUGGACAUAGCCCAUCAUCCCUAGCGAACAGGACGAAAGUCAGCAGACGACAUAUCGUUUGGCGGGUAAUUAAUGCCAUAUGAGUUCAAAUUAAAAAAGUGCAGAAUGAAAACAAGCAUGAAGUGGACUCUUAUCAUUUCAGUUUUCACCAUCAUUGAAUGUUUGGCCGAGCGUUUAGAAGACAAUGUGGUACAUUUGGACCUUCGGAACGGUGUUGUCAGGGGGUUUAGUAAUCAUAUCUCAUUCAUACAUAAACCCACAACGAGACCAGGGAGGUCAUGUGAUAAACAAGUUGUUUUAAAAUUAGAUUUUUCUGGUCCAUAUAAAGAGGCCAAAAUUCUAUUGGAUUAUGCUGAACCUCCAAGACUAUGGACACUCGACAUAUCGGAUUCACCAACUGGCGAUGGGUAUGGCGGUGAUAACGGAUCAACAAGCAAUAUGGCGGAAACUCAAAUUCACAAUAAGCAGUUUCGUAUUUACGGAAAUAAUCUGCCUGGUCACAUGGACGCUUCUGCAAACGGUGGGCUAUUGAUAACGACAGUUGACAACUUUAUACGGAGAGGAAGUACGGCGAAAAUCAGUAUUAGUGAUGAGCGUGUGGAAUGGAAAUCUGGACCGCAUAAGGAUAAUAUAAAAUCCCGCUUUUUGUACACGUUGCGUGGGCAACAGCCGCUGUAUGGAACAGUCGAUUAUAAUGUGUAUGUUGGACUCAACCGAGUUGUGGCGGGAAACUUCAGGAGCGGAAGUGGUCUUUGUAGCGCUACAAUUGCUCUGCAAUCUUCGGGACUGUGUGGAGGGUCCCGCGAGGACAUGCUACCCCCACGACACGGCCAGCUGAUUUGGGGGUGUGUACUUGUCAUCAUCAUGCUCCUCGCUGUCACAGGUGUGGAAAGCAGGAAAAAGAAAAAACAAAAGCAGCGCUCAG